CUCCUGCCUUGUCUCCUCCUAUCCAAUCAACUAUGUGUCGUAUCCUCAUAACAACAACGACUUAUGCCGGAUGUCCAGACACCUGCAAUACACACAGUGGCCCUGUCAUCACCGAAAACUGCCAGAAAUUCACCGAAACUGGGGUUGAGUGCGCCGAGGCUGAUUGCACGGUGGAAUAUGCUGGUCAAUCAAAAAGUAAAGGCCAGUGCGACAAACACAAAGACAAAGCUACAGUGACGACAGCACUCGUUGAAGGGGCAUAAAAGGUGGAAGUUCCAGGUUGUUGCGAUGGUGGCGGUGAGGGAACAAGGUCCUGUAAACUCUUUCAGCAUGCUCUACAGGACAAGGGUUGUAAUUGUUAGGAUAAAUACUAACAUGUCUAUGAUGUUGGUAACGUCAAUUCAUUAUACUCAACCCGAAUAACAGCACCUGAAAACUUGACUAAAUCGACUCAGCUAA